AAUGUUAAAAAAGCUUAUUUUGAGAAACACUUGAAAUCAAGUUAGAGAAAAUUUUUCUAAGUGAUUUACCAAUAAUCCUCUAGCUUUACGAUCAAUUGCAUCAAUUAUCUCCCAUGAACAACUCCUAAAGACUAACUCUCUUAACCAAUUCAAUGUUCAAAGAACAAAAAAUUAAAAAUGAAAAAUUUGUUGAUGUAUUUUUAAUUAAAAAAAAUAUAUAUAAUAAAACAUUCAAGAACAGAAUAGUCAACGGCAAUUACCUACACAAAGCAAAAAAUAAUCACUUCCGAAUUUUUCUUUCAGAUUCGUAAGAUCCCACAGCAUCCAAAUGCAGAGAUUUCCAAUUUCAACUUCAAUUUUUCCACCUUCCCGGAGACCCAUUUGGGAAUUAUCUCUUCGAAAACGCUCCGCCGCCGUCGCAGUUCCGGCCGCCGCCAUCUUCUUCCUCGCUGCCGUCCUCAUUUCCUCCACUCGCCUCCAAUUCACUCUGUUUCACACUAACUUUCUCGGCAACCAAACAGAAAAAAUCCCCAAAAAAUCAAUCAAAUAUUACCCACUUAACUGUUCUUCAUCUUCCACCACAAACCAAACCCAGCAUUUCACUUGCCGUAAAGACUACCCGACCCUUUACGAACCCGAAUCAAUCGGCCCAUCGGGUCGGUCCGUUUGCCCGGAGUACUUCCGAUGGAUCCACGAGGAUCUGAAGCCGUGGGCGGCGGGGGGAAUCACGAGAGAGAUGGUGGAGAAAGGGAAGGCAACGGCGCAUUUCCGGCUGGCGGUGGUCCGCGGGAUUGUCUACGUGGAGCACUACAAGAAGUCGAUUCAAACGAGAGAUUUGUUUACAAUUUGGGGGAUUUUGCAGCUUUUGAGAAGAUACCCAGGGCAAAUCCCUGAUUUGGAGCUGAUGUUUGACUGUGACGACCGGCCGGUCGUUAAAUCAGCCGACUACCGGAAUGCGGGAGUGGAUACGGUGGAGGCACCGCCGGUGUUCCGGUAUUGCGGAGAUGAGGAGACCUUGGAUAUUGUGUUCCCGGAUUGGUCCUUCUGGGGAUGGGCAGAGAUAAACAUAAGGCCAUGGGAGAAUUUGUUGAAGGAAUUGAAAAAAGGGAAUGAGAAGAGGAAAUGGAUGAAAAGGGAAGCUUUUGCAUAUUGGAAAGGGAAUCCUUAUGUGGCUGACACAAGACAAGAUCUUCUCAAAUGCAACCUCUCCCUUCAAAAUGAUUGGAAUGCUCGUCUCUAUAUUCAGGAUUGGAUUCAAGAGUCUCAACAAGGUUAUAAGCAAUCAAAGUUGGCAAACCAGUGCACUUAUAGGUACAAAAUCUACAUAGAAGGAUAUGGAUGGUCAGUGAGUGAAAAGUAUAUAUUGGCAUGUGAUUCAAUGACAUUGCUUGUAAAGCCCAAUUUCUAUGAUUUCUUCAGUAGAUCUUUGGAGCCACUUCACCAUUAUUGGCCUCUUAGUGAUGACCAUAAGUGCAAAUCCAUCAAGUUUGCUGUCCAUUGGGGCAAUUCCCACAAACAAAAGGCACAAGAUAUAGGAAAAACAGCAAGUAACUUCAUCCAACAAGAGUUAAGGAUGGAAAAUGUGUAUGACUACAUGUUUCAUCUCCUCAACCACUACGCGAAGCUCCUUCGGUUUCAACCUGAAAUCCCGACGGGCGCAAUGGAAGUCUGCUCCGAGACAAUGGCUUGUCCGAGGGACGGGCCAGAGAAGAAGUUCAUGAAGGAAUCCAUGGUGAAAACUCCCUCUCUCACAAUCCCUUGCUCCAUGCCACCACCAUUUGAUACCCCUUCUCUCCAAAGGCUUUAUAGAAGAAAUGCUAAUCUAAUAAGCCAAGUGGAGAAGUGGGAAAAUCAUUUUUGGAUUCAAAAUUAAACCUUAAAUAUAUGCUUUUCUUUUUUCCACUCUUUUUUUUUUUUUGAAAUAGAAACAGCCAAAGUUACUUUGGCAUCAAUUUGAUUAUUUCAUGGAAUUUUAAACUUAGUAGUUGUUUAUUUUA